AUGGGCGGCCCCUGGAACAGCAGCGACGGCGCGGAGGGAGUGCUGCUGCCCUGCGACGAGCACCUCUGCUCGCCUUUCCCCCUGGGGGCGCUGGUGCCGGUGACCGCCGUGUGCCUGGGUCUCUUCGCCGUCGGGGUGAGCGGCAAUGUGGUGACGGUGCUGCUGAUCGGGCGCAACCCGGACAUGCGGACCACCACCAACCUGUACCUGGGCAGCAUGGCCGUGUCCGACCUGCUCAUCCUGCUCGGGCUCCCGUUCGACCUGUACCGCCUCUGGCGCUCGCGGCCCUGGGUGUUCGGGCAGCUGCUCUGCCGCCUCUCGCUCUACGUGGGCGAGGGCUGCACCUACGCCACGCUGCUGCACAUGACGGCGCUCAGCGUCGAGCGCUACCUCGCCAUCUGCCGCCCGCUCCGCGCCCGCGUCCUCGUCACCCGGAGCCGCGUCCGCGCGCUCAUCGUGGCGCUCUGGGCCGUGGCGCUGCUCUCCGCGGGGCCCUUCUUCUUUCUGGUGGGCGUCGAGCAGGACCCAGGCGUCCGCGUGGUCCGGGACCUUAACGGCAGCGCGCCGCUCACCCCGUCGCCCCUCGGGGCCUCGCGGGCGCCUCCGCCGUCCCCGCCGUCGGGGCCUGAGGCCGCAGCCGCCGCGGCGCUGUUCAGCCGCGAGUGCCGGCCCAGCCCAUCUCAGCUGGGCGCACUGCGCGUCAUGCUGUGGGUCACCACCGCCUACUUCUUCCUGCCCUUUCUGUGCCUCAGCGUCCUCUACGGGCUCAUCGGGCGGGAGCUGUGGAGGAGUCGGGGGCCCCUGCGAGGCCGGGCCGCCUCGGGGCGCGAGAAGGGCCACCGGCAGACGGUCCGCGUCCUGCUGGUGGUGGUUCUGGCAUUUAUAGUUUGCUGGUUGCCUUUCCACGUCGGCAGAAUCAUUUACAUAAAUACAGAAGAUUCUUGGAUGAUGAACUUCUCUCAGUACUUUAACAUUGUUGCUUUGCAACUUUUCUAUCUGAGUGCCUCCAUCAACCCGAUCCUCUACAACCUCAUUUCAAAGAAGUACAGAGCAGCGGCCUGGAACCUGCUGCUGGCCAGACAGUCUAGACGGUCCAGACAGAGAAGUGUGUGCAGAAGCGGGGACACGGAGGGGGGCACAGGAGGAGACACCACUGGCUACACAGAGACAAGCGCCAACGUGCAGACAUCAUCCACCGGCAUGGCCAAACAAGUCGCUUCCUCUCACAAGGCUGGGACUUCAGGGAAAACAGGUAACUUAACCAUCUUCUGUGCAUGUACCCCUUGA